CCGAGAAUGAAUUGAUUUUUGAUUGCGUCCGUGUCCGUGGUAUGUAUAUCGUACACUGCAAAAUAAACAAUCUUAUGAAGAAUUAAUCAAUAAAGGUUUGUUAAACAUAACCUCAACAAUGUCCAAGAGACAUGCAGAGGAGAGCUCCAGCGGAGGGCAGCCUCCAAUUAAAAAAAUUCACUUUGAACCUCAUCUCAUCGGGCCCGUCUCCACCUUAGAAGAGAUGGACAUCAAAGUUUUACAGUUCCAAAACAAGAAAUUGGCACAAAGGAUUGAGCAGAGAUGCAGGACAGAGCAGGAAUUGAGACAGAGGAUAGAGCAGUUGGAAAAACGACAGACACAGGAUGAUGCUAUGCUGAAUGUUGUCAAUCGUUACUGGAACCAGCUUAACGAAGAUAUUCGCAUACUUUUACAGAGAUUUGAUGCUGAAACAGCUGAUGAGUCAGAAAAUAAAAAUGAGAAUGAAGCCACAACAUCAUUUUUAAUGCAGUUAUCGACGUGGGAUAAGGAUGAACUUAACGAUAAAUUGGCAAACAGGGUACAGGUGUCAAGGAGGGCUGUUGCAAAAGUUAUUCAAGCCUUUGAUAGGUUAAUGCAGAGGAACGAGAAAAUUACGUUGGCUCUUAAGGGAGAAUUAGAAGGCCAGGAUGCCCCAUCAGUGGACGAGGUUAUUCGUCAGACAAACAUUCAGUUGCAAGCCGAAAACCGCAACUUACAGGCUCUACACACAUCUUUGCAUGAAAAAUACCACACAAACAGCCUGAAAGUAGCUGAACUUCAAGACUCUGUCACGGCUAAAGAAACUGAGAUCGCAGAAUUGAAAAACCAAAUUGACGACCUCCAAUAUGAGCUCGAGAAAGUCCGCAAUAGAAACGAUAAGUUAGAGACUCACCUUGCCGAGGCUGUAGAGAAAUUGAAGGCAUACCAUCAGCUUCACGGGGAUCCUGAUAAUAAAGGCAAAGAACAGAAACCUGCACCCCAGACGAACGUGUCACAGGCUAAGCUUGAGGACCUUCUUAAGGAGGUGGAAGAAUGGAAAGAGUUGGCAAAUAAUAGGUUGCAGGAGUUGGAUAAGUUGCAUCAAACACACAGGGAAACUUUGAAGGAAGUCGAGAAGUUAAAAAUGGAUAUUCGUCAGUUGCCAGAAAGUGUCAUCGUUGAGACUACAGAAUAUAAAUGCCUGCAGUCACAAUUUUCCGUUCUAUAUAAUGAGUCAAUGCAACUGAAGACACAACUGGAUGAAGCUAGACAACAACUGCAGACCAGCAAAAAUGCCCAUUUGCGCAACAUAGAAAUGAUGGAGGGAGAGGAACUGAUUGCGCAAAAAAAGCUGAGACAAGAAGUGAUGCAACUUGAGGACUUCCUGGCCCAACUUAGAAAGGAGUACGAGAUGCUAAGGAUCGAGUUUGAGCAAAAUCUGGCGGCUAACGAGCAGACGGGACCUAUAAAUCGUGAAAUGAGGCAUUUGAUAACUUCUUUGCAAAAUAACACUCAGCAACUCAAAGGAGAAGUACACAGAUAUAAGAGAAAAUACAAGGAAGCCAAUACGGAAAUACCAAAAUUAAGGAAGGAAAUCGAAGAGCUACAGACAAAACUGAGUCAGGCUCAAGGCGCCAACCAGGACUGCAAGGACAACAUAAAAAAAGAGGAAAUAAAAGAGGAAGACACUUCAAAUAGCGAGGGAGGGGCUCAGGUCAAGGAAGAACAAAUGUUGAGCGCCGUUAAGAAGGAGGAAGAAGACACCGAGCAGACAGAAGAUGCAGAAGGAAAAGACCAAGCCUCCGGAUCCGGAUCUUCCCCAACGGCAAAGAAAGAAGGUGCUGUGAAACAAGAAAAGAACGUAGUGAAGAAGGAAGUUACCGUCAAGACAGAGAAGGAGCAUCGGGAAGCCCAGAGAGCAAAGGAAGCCAAGAUAGCCGAAAACGAGAUGGUGCGGGAUUUGAAAAAUCAGUUGAAGAAAGCUUUGAACGAGCAAAAAGAAAUGAAACUGCUCCUGGACAUGUACAAGGGCGUCAGUAAAGAACAAAGGGACAAGGUACAACUAAUGGCUGCCGAAAAGAAGCUUAGGACCGACCUGGAGGAACUCAGACAGACGAUAAAGAAAAUGCAGGAUAAUAAACGGGACGAUAAAAGAAAACUGGCAGAAGACGAAGCUCUGAAGAAGAUCAAGCAACUUGAAGAACAGAAGUAUGAACUUCAAAAACAGGUGGCGAACCAAAAACCGAACGACGGAAAUUGGGGCGGACACAACGUCCUACACCAGAUGAGGCCGUUCGUCGGUUCGCACGAAGAAGAAGCGUUGCUUAACGAGAUGGAAGUGACCGGACAAGCCUUUGAAGACAUGCAAGAGCAAAAUUCGAGGCUAAUACAGCAGCUGAGGGAAAAGGACGAUGCCAAUUUCAAGCUGAUGUCGGAGAGGAUCAAAUCCAAUCAGCUGCACAAGUUGGCGAGGGAGGAGAAAGACGUAUUAAAGGAGCAAGUGACUACAUUAACGACGCAGGUCGAAGCCGCUAAUCUAGUGGUCAGGAAGUUGGAGGAGAAAGAGAGGAUCCUGCAGAACACUCUGGCAACUGUGGAGAAGGAGCUGACGCUCAGACAACAGGCGAUGGAGAUGCACAAGAGAAAAGCGAUAGAAUCGGCGCAGUCGGCUGCCGAUCUUAAACUUCAUCUUGAAAAGUACCAUUCGCAAAUGAAAGAGGCGCAGCAAGUUGUGGCAGAGAAAACGAGUUCCUUGGAAGCGGAAGCCUAUAAGACGAAACGACUUCAAGAAGAAAUCGCCCAGCUGAAACGCAAGGCCGAAAGGAUGAAGAAAAUGGAGCUGGCGGGUACGACGCUGGAUGAAGUUAUGAUGGAGGAAAUCAGGGAAUACAAGGAAACACUUACCUGUCCUUCGUGCAAGGUCAAGAGGAAGGAUGCCGUACUUUCAAAAUGCUUCCACGUAUUCUGCUACGACUGUCUUAAAACUAGAUACGAGACGAGGCAGAGGAAGUGCCCGAAAUGCAACUGCGCUUUCGGGGCUAACGAUUACCAUCGUCUUUAUCUAUCCAAUUAAUUUAUUUGUGGUAUAUGGUAGGUGUAAGUUAUCAAUAGGCCAAUUUUAUUUUCUUAUAUCUGAUUUUAUAGUAUUUCUUAUUGUUGCAUUUUAUAUUUUUUCGUCUAUUCAUACUGUGUUAAAUAAACAUUAGAUACUGUA